AUGUCUCUGCACUAUCUUCCUCCCGUCAAGCCCUCGGCUAUUGCCCUCGGCACCAUCUUCAACCAGUCUGCUGAGCUUGCUGUUCUCACCCCCCUCUUCGGCGCUACUUACCAGCGAGCCAAGUCCUCAAACACCACCGAGGAGUUCGCUCGCUCCAAGGAGGCCACCUCUGCCGCUGUCGCCUGGGGCACUACUCUUGUCGGAUCCGCUCUCCAGAGCUAUGGCGUUGGAGCUCUGAUCAAUGCCACUGGCACCCUGAGCUACAAGGGAGCUGCCUACCUCGGCGGUCUCAUCUUCGCUGCUACCUCUGCUCCUGCCUACCUCAGCCAAGUCUUCACUGAGAAGCGACCCCUCGAGGUUGUUGGCGUCAAUGCCGUCGCAAAGGUCUUCGAGACUGUCGGCCUCGCCUUGUUCCUGACCUGGUGGGGCACCCGCACCAAUCCCUUCGAGUAA